GCUCGGAGCUUUCUUCUGUAGGAAACUCCAUUAACUGAAAUGGAGUCCCUAAAAUCCUCGUUUCUCUAUUCAUCCCCGUUAAACCAACCUCCCCAAACCCAUAAGCUUAAAAGACCACCAGCGCCCACAAUUCUCUGCUGCCUGAAACCCGACCCGUGGACCCUCAGCUCCGGCAACCCCAAAGACCUCAACAAACCAAAACCGAAAUCCAAACACGCCAAGAACCCACUCUCAGACGAUAACGCCCGCCGCAUAAUCAAAGCCAAAGCCCAGUACUUGAGCGUGUUGAGACGAAACCAAGGCUCGCGUGUGCAGACUCCCAAGUGGAUCAAACGCACUCCUGAACAGAUGGUGCAGUAUCUGGAAGACGAUAGGAAUGGGCAUUUGUAUGGACGCCACGUUGUCGCUGCGAUUAAGCGGGUGAGGAGCACUUCAGGAUUGCGCGAAGGGGAAUAUGAUAUGAGAGAAGUGAUGAGUUCUUUUGUUGCGAAGCUUAAUUUUAGAGAGAUGUGUGUGGUUCUGAAGGAACAGAGAAGUUGGCGUCAAGUUAGAGACUUCUUUGCUUGGAUGAAAUUGCAGUUAAGCUAUCGGCCAAGUGUUAUAGUCUACACAAUUGUUCUCCGUGCAUAUGGCCAAGUUGGAAAAAUUAAGCUCGCUGAAGAGACUUUCUUGGAGAUGCUUGAAGCAGGAUGUGAACCUGAUGAGGUUGCUUGUGGAACCAUGCUGUGUUUGUAUGCCAGAUGGGGCCGGCAUAAGGCAAUGCUUUCAUUUUAUUCUGCUAUACAGGAGAGAGGCAUAAUGCCUUCAGCUUCUGUUUUCAAUUUCAUGCUAUCAUCUUUGCAGAAGGAAUCACUUCAUAGUGAUGUUAUAUAUGUCUGGAGGCAGAUGGUUGAUAAAGGGGUGGCUCCAAAUAAUUUUACUUACACAGUUGUCAUUAGCUCAUUUGUUAAAGGAGGGAUGGGUGAGGAAGCUUUGAAGACAUUUAAUGAGAUGAAGAAUUUGGGUUUUGUGCCUGAAGAGUCGACUUAUAGCCUUCUGAUCAAUUUGAGAUCCAAACAUGGGGACAAAGAUGAAGCCAUUCAUCUCUAUGAAGAUAUGAGAUUGCUCGGAAUAGUGCCUAGCAAUUUUACGUGCGCGUCACUCCUGGCAUUAUACUACAGAACUGCAGAUUAUUCGAAAGCCUGUUCACUUUUCACUGAAAUGGAGAGGUACGGUGUUAUUGCAGAUGAAGUAAUUUAUGGCCUACUGAUCCGUAUAUAUAGUAAAUUGGGUCUUUAUGAGGAUGCACAAAAGACCUUUCUAGAAAUUGAGAGGUCAGGCCAACUUAGUGAUGGAAAGACAUAUACAACAAUGGCACAAGUCCAUCUCAAUUUUGGGAAUUUUGAGAAAGCUUUGGAUAUAAUGGAACAAAUGAAAACAAAUAACAUUUCAUACUCAAGAUUUUCCUACAUUGUACUGUUGAAGUGCUAUAUAGUGAAGGGGGACCUUGCAUCUGCAGAAGUUGCAUACGAGGCUCUAUCUAAGGCUGGACUUCCUGAUGCCAGUUCUUGUAAAGAUAUGCUCAAUUUGUAUAUGACAAAUGGGUUGUAUGAGAAGGCAAAAUCUUUUAUUGCCCAGAUCAGGAAAGAUCAAAUUGAGCUGAAUGAGGAGAUUUUCAUGACAGUCAUGAAGGUCUAUUGCAAGGAAGGCAUGCUAAGGGAAGUAGAAGAACUAAUAGAGGAGUUGAGUGUAAAUAAAAAAUUUGAGGGAGUUCCAUUUGUUCAGACAUUUUUCAUGACUAUGAACGGACAAUGUAGCAGAUUGCAAGAAUAUGAGAACUGGUUUGAGUCCUUGGACCAAUCUGGAGCUGUGGCAGUUGAGCUAAUGCUGACACUUUGUUUGGCAACUCGAAACGAAACAAAGAUGAAAGAGAAACUUGAAUUGUUGCUUAAAACCAAAAUCGGCAAGUCAGUAGGCAACCGAAUGAUUAGCAAAUUUGCCAAAGAGGGUGACGUGCUGACUACUGAAUAUCUUUAUGAAGUAAUGAUGAGACUUGGUUGUGGACUAGAGGAUGCUGCUAGGGCAUCUAUGAUUACCCUAUAUGGGAAACAAAAGAAGCUUAAACAAGCUCGGGAUGUCUUCACUGCAGUGGCUGCUUGGGCUACUGAUGGGAGCGUCUUAUAUAGUUCAAUGAUUGAUGCCUAUAUCACAUGUGGUAGAGAAGAGGAUGCAUGCAUGUUUUAUAGAGAGCAGACUAAGAAAGGACACAGGUUGGGUCCUGUUGCUGUCAGCAUGCUUGUGAAAGCUCUGACGGACUGUGGUAAAUAUUCUGAAGCAGAGGAAGUCAUUCACAAUAGUUUCCAUGAAAAUUUUGAGCUUGAUACUGUGACAUACAACACUUACAUAAAGGCAAUGUUAGAAGCAGGCAAACUUCGUUCUGCUGUCGGCAUAUAUGAGCGCAUGGUUUCCUUGAAUGUUUCCCCAUCGAUUCAGACAUAUAACACCAUGAUCAGUGUUUAUGGGCGAGGCCGAAACCUGGAUAAAGCGGUGGAGAUGUUUAACAUGGCUCAGAGCACAGGGGCGUUGGAUGAGAAGACAUACACUAAUAUGAUUUGUCACUAUGGAAAAGCUGGCAAAGUUCGUGAAGCAUCAGCCCUAUUCAGUAAAAUGCAGGAAGUAGGGAUAAAACCUGGGCUGGUGAGCUACAACAUCAUGAUCAAUGUAUUUGCUGGUGGUGGACUCUACCAUGAAGCAGAAAAACUUGUGCAAAGCAUGCAAAAGAAUGGUUACUCACCUGAUUCUCUUACCUACCUUGCCAUUAUUCGAGCCUAUACUGGGAGCUCGAGAUAUUCUGAGGCAGAAAAGAUGAUAAUGUUAAUGCAGAAGGAAGGAAUCUCAGAGACAUGUGCUCAUUUUAACCUCUUACUCUUAGCUUUUACAAAAGCAGGAUUAAUGGGGGAGGCCAAUAGAAUAUACAGAGAAAUAUGGUCAGCUGGAUUAGAUCCUGAUGUUGAAUCCAAGCGAAUAAUGGUUAGAGGUUAUAUGGAUAUUGGGGAUGUGGAAGGAGGAGUCUCCUUCUUUGAAAGAGAGUGCUGUGGGGUGAGGGAGGACAGGUUUAUUUUGAGUGCGGCUGUUCACCUGUACAAAUCAGGCGGCAAGGAAGUGGAGGCGGAAGAGCUUUUAAAUUCGAUCAAGAAAUUGGGAGUUGUGUUCUUGAGAAAUCUUAAAGUUGGAUCAAGGGGAAAAAACACUUGUUGAUAUAUUAUAUAUUUUGGAGAAGUGGUAUUCUACUACUGUACAAGAAUGAUGUGAUGUGUGAUGCGAUUCUUGGAAGCAGAAACUCAGGAUACAAGUACAAAGUCCCCUAUGGAGUUGAUCAAUGAAGUUCCACCUAUCAAGGUAGAGGGCCGGAUCUUUGCCUGUGAAGGAGAUAAUAAUCCUGCAUUGGGGCACCCAAUUGAGCUCAUAUGCCUUGAUA